GGCUUGUCACGUGGGCAGUCGAUACAGCCAAUGGGUACGGUACGGGGCGGAAUCGGUAACUUAGCUAGGUCCACUCCGUACAGACAUCCAUGUUUGUAACGUUAGCUAGCACGUAUGCGUUACAGCUUUGUAUCGCCUGAAUGAGUGCUUGACAGAUACAUAAUUUCCGAAGGAGUCUCGUGUUUCAGGGUGGCUGUAUCAGCUCACUGCUCUUCUCCACGUUGAAUUCUGUCAAUACAUUCGGUCCACAACCGUGUGCCGUCCAACUUCCCAGUAAAACUGCUUUUGGCUAAACCAGCUAGCAAACGAAAUAAAAUAGCAGUUACACACUAGCGUCUAGGGGCGACCAGCGGUGUGUUUAUGUCUUUGUUUCACGAACACGGUGAGUACCAGGACGACAGGAGCGACGGAUGGGAAAGAGCUGUUGUGCAGCUGUUGGAACCUGCGUGGGGGACACUUAGCCUACAAGCAAGUAGCGCACAGCCUCUGCGGCACAAUCUUUUUCAUGUCAGAGACCGAAUACGUCUGCAGUCGUUUAUGUCAUCGACUCUUCUCCACGCAGAAGAUAACAAAAAACUGCAAUCCAAGAUCUUUUUGUCUUACUGAUAAAGCCAACAGUGGGCCAAAAUGUCUGUCAACGUCAACCGCAGCGUGUCAGAUCAAUUCUAUCGCUACAAGAUGCCCCGUCUGAUCGCUAAGGUGGAAGGCAAAGGAAAUGGAAUCAAGACCGUUAUCGUCAACAUGGUUGAUGUUGCAAAGGCUCUGAAUAGGCCUCCUACUUAUCCCACCAAGUUCUUUGGAUGUGAGCUGGGUGCCCAGACUCAGUUUGAUUCCAAGAAUGACCGCUACAUUGUCAACGGGUCACACGAGGCAAACAAGCUGCAGGACAUGCUGGACGGAUUCAUCAGGAAAUUUGUGCUGUGUCCCGAAUGCGAUAAUCCAGAAACCGACCUGCAUAUCAACCCUAAGAAGCAAACCAUAGGCAACUCGUGCAAGGCCUGCGGGUACCGUGGCAUGCUGGACACGCGGCACAAGCUGUGCACUUUCAUUCUUAAAAACCCUCCAGAGAAUGACAGCGGAUCAGUCAAGAAGGAGAAGGAGAAGAAAAACCGCAAGAAGGACAAGGAGAACGGCUCCAACGGCAGCGACGCAGGGAGCCACGGGGAAAUCGACGCGCCUGUCGCCGUGGACCGGGACGACGAGGAUGAGGACUGGGCAGAGGAGACGACGGAGGAGGCCCAGAGGCGCAGGAUGGAGGAAAUCAGCGAGCAUGCUAAGAACCUGACCCUCAGUGAGGACUUGGAGAAGACCCUGGAGGAGAGGGUCAACUUGUUCUACAACUUUGUCAAGGAAAAAAAGGAGGAAGGGGCCAUCGACACGGCAGACAAAGAGAUCCUGUCUGAGGCCGAGCGUCUGGACGUGAAGGCCAUGGGCCCCCUGAUUCUGAGCGAGCUGCUGUUCGACGAGAACAUCCGGGACCAGAUCAAGAAGUACAAGCGCCACUUCCUGCGCUUUUGCCACAACAACAAGAAGGCACAGAAGUACCUGCUGGGCGGGUUUGAGUGCCUGGUGAAGCUGCACCAGGCCCAGCUCCUCCCUCGCGUGCCCAUCGUGCUGAAGGCCCUGUACGACGCUGACCUGCUGGAGGAGGACGUCAUCCUUGCCUGGGCUGAGAAGGUGUCCAAGAAGUAUGUUUCCAAGGAGCUUGCCAAAGAAAUACAUGCCAAGGCUGCUCCCUUCGUCAAAUGGCUGAAAGAGGCGGAGGAGGAGAGUGAAGGCAGCGAGGAAGAGGGAGACGAGGAUGAAAAUGUUGAGGUGGUGUACUCCUCCUCUGCUCGUGAGCUGACCGUGGAGACUGUGAAACCAGAAAAGUCUGACAAUAAGGAUGAGGACGACAUUGACAUCGAUGCCAUUUGAGAGUCUUCAUUCUGGACUGGGUCUAUAAUUCAGCUUUCUGCACCAGCGAGCCCAUUUUCCCCUGCUGCUGUGACUUGUUUGAUUAACAUAUAGUGCUUAGCUGACUACAUCGUUAGAUUACCAUGAAUACUAUGCGCUGUCGUUCGAUUCAUAAGCAUCUGUCUAGGUAUAAUAUAUAAAGUCCUCUUGGCUGUGGAUUUAACUUUCCUAUCUGGCACAAGCUGCUCUUUAUUUUGUUUUGCUGUAUUUUUUGAAUCAUUAAAGUAUGUUUUUGCCAUUAA